ACAACCUCGAACUCCUGGGCACAAGAAAUCUUCCCACCUCAGCCUCCCACGUGGCUGGGACGACAGGCGUGUGGCACCACACUCGGCUCAUUUUUCAGUAGAAACAAGGUCUCCCUGUAUUGCCCAGGCUGCUCUUGAAUUCCUGGGCUCAAGGAACCCUCAUGCCUAGCUGACAGUUUUUCCUUUUCACUUACAAUAUUUCAGCCCAUUGUCUUCUGGCCUCCAAAGUUUCUGGUGAGAAAUCUGAUGAUCUUAUUGAGGAUCCCUUGGAUGCUUUUAAGAUUCUCUUUGGCUUUGGCUUUCAACUGUUUAAUAAUGGGUUUUCGUGUGGGUCUCUUGAUUUCAUUCUGCCUGGAGUUCAUUGAGCCUCUCUAAUGUUUAUAUUCAUGUUUUUCAUCAAAUGGGGGGGUUUUGAGUAAUUCUUCAGAUACCCUCUCUGUUCCUCUCCUGCUUCCUGGACUCCCACGGAUCUGUUGGGGUCCCCGAGGCCCCUGAGCACUGCUCACUUUUCUUCGGUCUCUUCUGCUUUUUCCUCAGACAACAUGAUUUUAUUGUUGUAUCUUCAGGCUCACCAAUUAUUUCCUCUGCCUGCUCCAUCUGCUUGUGAGUUUCUGUUGUGAAUAUUUACUUUUUAGUGUUUAUUGUGAAUGUGUACUUAUUAGCUCUGGAGUUUCUCUCUGGUUUCUCGUUGAAUCUUCUGUCUCUGUUGAUAUUUCCGCUGUGUUCACGCGUCAUUUUCUUGACUUUCUCCACAUCUUCCUUUUGUUCUCUGAGGAACUGAAGGUUGAGACAGUUCGUGAAGUCUUCGUCUGGGACAUCUACCAUCAGUGUCCGCACAUCACCGAACGAUGAGAGAGGACUACGGCGACAAAGUGAAAGCCAGCCACUGGAGUCGAAGCCCGCCGCGGCCGCCGCGGGAGCGGUUCGAGUUGGGAGACAGCCGGAAGCCAGGUGAGGCCAGGCCGGCGCCUGCGCAGAGGCCAGCACAGUUAAAAGAAGAGAAAAUGGAAGAAAGAGACCUGCUGUCCGACUUACAGGACAUCAGCGACAGCGAGAGGAAGACCAGCUCAGCCGAGUCCUCAUCAGCGGAAUCAGGCUCAGGUUCUGAGGAGGAAGAGGAGGAGGAGGAAGAGGAGGAGGAGGAAGGAAGCACCAGUGAAGAAUCAGAGGAGGAGGAGGAGGAGGAGGAAGAGGAGGAGGAGGAGACCGGCAGCAACUCUGAGGAGGCGUCAGAGCAGUCUGCCGAAGAAGUAAGUGAGGAAGAAAUGAGUGAAGAUGAAGAACGAGAAAAUGAAAACCACCUCUUGGUUGUUCCAGAGUCACGGUUUGACCGAGAUUCCGGGGAAAGUGAAGAAGCAGAGGAAGAAGUGGGUGAGGGGACGCCGCAGAGCAGCGCCCUGACGGAGGGCGACUACGUGCCCGACUCCCCCGCCCUGUCACCCAUCGAGCUCAAGCAGGAGCUGCCCAAGUACCUGCCAGCCCUGCAGGGCUGCCGGAGCGUCGAGGAGUUCCAGUGCCUGAACAGGAUCGAGGAGGGCACCUAUGGAGUGGUCUACAGAGCAAAAGAUAAGAAAACAGAUGAAAUUGUGGCUCUGAAGCGGCUGAAGAUGGAGAAGGAGAAGGAGGGCUUCCCGAUCACGUCGCUGAGGGAGAUCAACACCAUCCUCAAGGCCCAGCAUCCCAACAUCGUCACCGUUAGAGAGAUCGUGGUGGGCAGCAACAUGGACAAGAUCUACAUCGUGAUGAACUACGUGGAGCACGACCUCAAGAGCCUGAUGGAGACCAUGAAGCAGCCCUUCCUGCCAGGGGAGGUGAAGACCCUGAUGAUCCAGCUGCUGCGGGGGGUGAAGCACCUGCACGACAACUGGAUCCUGCACCGCGACCUCAAGACGUCCAACUUGCUGCUGAGCCACGCCGGCAUCCUCAAGGUGGGUGACUUCGGGUUGGCGCGGGAGUACGGAUCUCCUCUGAAGGCCUACACCCCGGUCGUGGUGACCCUGUGGUACCGCGCCCCAGAGCUGCUGCUUGGUGCCAAGGAAUACUCCACGGCCGUCGACAUGUGGUCGGUGGGCUGCAUCUUCGGGGAGCUGCUGACUCAGAAGCCUCUGUUCCCAGGGAAGUCAGACAUCGACCAGAUCAACAAAGUGUUCAAGGACCUGGGGACCCCCAGUGAAAAAAUCUGGCCCGGCUACAACGAGCUCCCCGCAGUGAAGAAGAUGACCUUCAGCGAGUACCCCUACAACAACCUCCGCAAGCGCUUCGGGGCCCUGCUCUCAGACCAGGGCUUCGACCUUAUGAACAAGUUCCUGACCUACUUUCCCGGGAGAAGGAUCAGCGCUGAGGAUGGCCUCAAGCACGAGUAUUUCCGCGAGACCCCCCUCCCCAUCGAUCCUUCCAUGUUCCCCACGUGGCCUGCCAAGAGUGAGCAGCAGCGUGUGAAGCGGGGCACCAGCCCGAGGCCCCCUGAGGGAGGCCUGGGCUAUAGCCAGCUGGGUGACGACGACCUGAAGGAGACGGGCUUCCACCUUACCACCACAAACCAGGGGGCCUCAGCCGCGGGCCCCGGUUUCAGCCUCAAGUUCUGAAGGUCACAGUAGACCCCGUCAUGGGGAGAACUCAGCCGGGACCACAGGCGCGGCUACUGCGGCUGGAGCUGCCAUGAGACUCAGAACUCCUCCUCUUAUUUCGUGCUCCACGUUUUGUUUUUGUAUUUUGGUUUGUAAAUUUGUAGAAUUAAAUCAUUUUCCUUGUUGUGGAGGAAAGAGCUGUGUUUUCAGGUCUCCCUGACUUGCCCAGGGAGGAGAGGGUGGGCAUCUGCAGGCACCUACUUGGGGCAGCACAAACCCCCACACGCCCUGUCCCAUUCUCGACACACCGGGCUGGCUGGGCCGUGAUUUGGAGCAGGUGGGGGUCGGGUGGAUUGUUUCAUCUUUGGAGCUGGAGACCUGUUUCUGUGUUGGGAUGAGUGAUGCUUUCCUGCCCCAACUCCCUCGUCCAGACCAGCCCUGUCCACACAGGCCCCCGGCCCCCAACCCCCAGCCCCAGGUAUUCUGGCAGCCUCAGCAGGUUUUUAUACAAGGUUGUUACGAGUUUUAAAAUGUAUUAAAAUAUUCUUGGAGGAAA